AUGCCCACCGCCCACUCCUGGACUCGCAGUUUUUUGUCGGAGUCGUUCCGUUACAUGCGACCCGAAACAUUUCAGUUCCUGCGCACGUCGCGCACGGUGAAAACUGUCAAACUGUCGCAGACGGAUUUGGAGGCGGCUGUGGCCCGCGGCAAGUUUGAGCGCUGCAGCGAGAAUGUGCGCCACCCGCUCCCAGAUGGGGUGCACGGUGUGAACUUGUUCACCGUGUACGAGGCGAAGGGCCGCCGCCGCUUGAUAACGGAGUCGCACCUCAACGGAGUCAUCCGGAAGAGUGAACUCCCCUCCAUCACCCGCCUAUCGCGUCUGGAGCGCCGCCAACGUCUCCGCUUCGCCCGAUACAUGUUCCAGCUCGACUUCGAGGCGUUCUACGACGCUAUCCCUCUGCCAGAGGAGAUCAGGGACAAGUUCGUUUUUCGCGCGCGAGAUGGUGGCAUGUAUCGCCUGAAGACGCUCCCGACUGGUGCGAGGUGGAGCGUCGCAGUAGGCCAGGCAGUUACGUGGACCAUCGUCGACAUAGACACUCCCGUGUUUAUUGAAACGAUGAUCGACAACAUCUUGGUGGCCGCGGCGGAGGGUCAGGAAGCGGCAUUUGUGUCGGCGGUGCGCCAGAUUGUUGGCCGGAUACGGCAAGCCAACCUCCUCACCUCCCCUGAGCGGGAGACUGUGGCUUCGUGGACGGAUGAAGAGCUGUUGUGCGAAGGAAGAAAAGGUUGUGUGUUUUGGGGUGAAGAGUUUGCCUGGAUGGAGGGGCAGCGGCAGGUUCGCAAUUCGAUCAAGACGGUGACCAAGCUGGAUUUAGCGGCGCAAAAAGACCAGUUCACCAUUCGAUCCUUCGCGUCGUUGGUGUCACUUAUUAGUUACGCA